AUGUCCGCUGCUGCAUGGACAUUCACGCUGACCGAGUUUAAUCAGAAAUUUAUUGAGAUCCAGAAAAUAAACCCUCAAUGCGUUGCAUAUUUGGUUGACAUAGGGUUUGAACACUGGACUAGAGCUCAUUUCAAAGGAAGCCGGUACAACCUGAUGGACUCGAACAUUGCCGAAUCUUGGAAUGGUGUCAUUAAGGAAGCAAGAGAAUAUCCCCUUAUCACUAUGUUUGAAUACAUACGCACAACCGUUAUGGGCUGGCUAGCAUUGCGUAGAGCAAAAGCAAACCGAGAGCAAGGAACCCUCACACCAAAUGUCAGAAAACUGGUUGAAGAGAACUACGAAUUCUCAACAGGACAAUGCGGGAGAGUGCUUCACCGUUUUAUUAGGACCUGGCAUAUGGAAUACGACGAGAUGGGCAUUCCAUGUAUUCAUGCUCUAGCUGCUGCUACAAGGAUUGGCUUCCCUUCUGAUGCGUUGGUUGCGCCACCAUACUAUGUGAUAACUUGGAGACAAGGAUUUGCUGGAAAAAUUUACCCGGUCCCAUCACUCGGAGGGGUAGAAAUAGGGGUUGGUACUCCAAACGACCUUCUCCCACCAGCGGUGCGCCGCCCACCUGGCCGUCCAAGGAAAGUUCGCAUCCUCUCCCGCGGAGAGUAUAAGAAAGGAGGGAACUCAUCCUCUAGGAAAUGCAAACGUUGUUGCCGUUCAGGUCACAACAAGGCGUCCUUCCGGAACCCUAUAUAA